GGAAGGCGUGAGCACGGCAGGGGUGACCCCGACCGCGACUUCCCGAGGGCUUCCUGGUGGAGGCGGCCUGAGCCGGGCCUUGGAGCUGGGUGGUGAGGGCCUUGAGGGGUCGUGGACCCCGGAGGGAGAUGCUUCUGAUGGCUGGAGACCCAGAGUCCCGAGACUCUCCCAAGGAUGGGGGCGGGCCAGAAGAGCAGAGCACAGGGCCGGAGGUGGUGGCGUCCGCCCAUUUCGGGGUGCAGGGCUUGAAGCGCAGGAAGGAGCUGCCACCCCGCCUUGGGGUGGCCGUUAGGGAUGAGGGUCGAGACCGGCCCUGGCACCCCAAGCCAAGAGAUCAGGGUCCAAGUGAAAUUCCACUGGGGACCCGUUAGUCUGCUCAGGUCACAGGCUCCCGUCCAGCCCUGAAUUCUGGUGUGGCUUCUUAGAGAUAGGACCAGAGAGGCCAGUUAGGUCUCCAGGAAUAACCUGCUAGUCACCUGUUACAGGGGCUGGAGCUUCCCCUGUGUGCCCUGGGAACCUGGCCCUGUGCCCACUGAGGGGUGCUUGCAACAGGCAGAUCACAGACACUGGGCCACCUCUGUCCCACGUCCCAGCUCAUAAGGAGACCCUGGACCACUGGGGUCACAGCGCUGCGGGAGCCACCCUCCCUAGCAGCCGUCGGCUGGGUGAGGUGAGGGGCCUGGGCCUCACUGUCCCUGUGGUCCACAGCGCUCUGCGGGGAGCAACUGACGGAGGUGCGCUGGUGCACUGUCUCGGACGCAGAGCAGCAGAAGUGCGAGGACAUGAGCAAGGCCUUCCGGGAAGUGGGCAUCCAGCCUUCCAUCGCCUGCGUCCAGGGCACCUCGGCCCUCCACUGCACACAGCUCAUCUCGGCCCAGAAAGCUGACGCUGUCACCCUCAGUGGAGAAGUCAUUUACAAGGCGGGGACGGAGCACGGCCUGAAGCCUGUGGUGGGAGAGCUGUACGAUGCAGAGUUUGGGACCUCCUACUAUGCCGUGGCUGUGGUCCGGAAGAACUCCUCCGUGACUGUCAACACCCUGAAGGGCGUGAGGUCCUGCCACACGGGCCUCCACCAGACAGCGGGCUGGAACGUGCCCGUGGGCUUCCUGGUGGAGAGCGGCCGCCUCUCGGUGAUGGGCUGCGACGUGCUCACAGCUGUCAGCGAGUUUUUUGGUGGCAGCUGUGUCCCUGGAGCAGGAGAGACCAAUCACUCGCUGUCCCUCUGCCACGCCUGCAGGGGUGAUGGCUCUGGGAAGAGGGUGUGUGACAGCAGCCCCUUGGAGAGAUACUACGGGUACAGCGGGGCCUUCCGGUGCCUGGCAGAAGGGGCGGGGGACGUGGCCUUCGUGAGCCACAGCACAGUGCUGGAGAACACAGACGGGAAGACCCUGCCCUCCUGGGACAAGGCUCUGCUGUCACAGGACUUUGAGCUGCUGUGCAGGAAUGGCAGCCGUGCCAGCGUCACGGAGUGGCGGCGGUGCCACCUGGCCCGGGUGCCCGCACGUGCCGUGGUGGUCCGGGCUGACAUGGAUGAAAAACUCCUCUUCCGACUGCUCGGCGAGGGCCAGCUGCUGUUCAACCACGAAGGCAGCACCUUCCAGAUGUUCCGCUCAGAGAACUACGGCCAGAGCGACCUGCUGUUCAAGGACGCCACCUUGGAGCUGGUGCCCAUUGGUACCCAGACCUAUGAGGCAUGGCUGGGCCACGACUUCCUACGUGCCAUGAAGGGCCUGUUCUGUGACCCCAACCAGCUACCCCACUUCCUACGCUGGUGCGUGCUGUCCACACCCGAGUUCCGCAAGUGUGGUGACAUGGCGUUGGCAUUCAACCAGCAGAAGCUCAAGCCGGAGAUCCAGUGUGUGUGGGCCAGUUCCCCGCUGCAGUGCAUGACGCAGAUCCAGGAUGGGCACAUCGACGCUGUGACCCUGAGGGGUGAAGACAUUUAUACAGCAGGGAAGAUGUUUGGGCUGGUCCCAGCAGCUGGGGAGUCUUAUACUGAGAACAGCAGCAGCUCAGACUACGCGGUGGCCCUGGUGAGGCGGGACAUCUCUGCAGCCUUCAGCCUGCACGAGCUGCACGGGAAGCGUUCCUGCCACCCCAGCGUGGACAGCCCCACUGGCUGGACGGUGCCCAUGGGCGCCCUCAUCCAAAGGGGCUCCAUCCAGCCCCGGGACUGCGAUGUGAUCCAAGGGGUGAGUGAGUUCUUCAACGGCAGCUGUGUGCCCGGGAGUGAGGCCAGGAAAUACCCAUACUCGCUGUGUGCUGUCUGCAAGGGGGACGAAAAGGGCCGAAACAAGUGUGUGGCCAACAGCCAGGAGCGCUACUUCGGCGACAGAGGGGCCUUCAGGUGCCUGACAGAGAAGGCGGGGGACGUCGCCUUUGUGAAGCACACGACUGUCUUUGACAACACAAACGGCCACACUCCGGAGCCCUGGGCAGCUGGGCUCAGGCAGCAGGACUACCAGCUGCUGUGCCUCAACGGGGCGCGCGCCGAGGUACACCAGUUCCAAGCCUGCAGCCUGGCCAAGAUCCCGGCCCACGUCGUCAUGGUGCGGCCAGACACCAACACCUUCACUGUGUUCGGACUCCUGGACAAGGCGCAGGCGCUGUACGGAGAAGACAACAAUAAGAAUGGGUUCCAGAUGUUCGACUCCUCCAAGUACGGUGGCCAAGACCUGCUUUUCCAGGACGUGACAGCCCGGCUGGUGCCUGUCGCGGAGAAGAGCACAUACCUUGGGUGGCUGGGGCCUGACUACGUGAGAGCCAUGGAGGGGAUCCUGACUCUGCCAUGCUCCGGCCCAGCCACUGUCCCUGGGGUUCCCUGGCUGCUCCUGCUGCCCCUCGCUGCUGGCCUCAUCCUCCCAUGCAGCCUCUGAGAGCAGCCCC